AUGGAUCCAGUACACGCCUUGUCUGGCUCACUGGAAAGAACAAAUCCUAUCGAUCUACCGGCCGGCGAUAUAUGCACUGUGGUAUGUGACUUUUUCGGCCCUGCGCAAGCCUCAUCUCACCUCGAAACAGAGCGGACAUGGGACAAUCACGCUCCUCUGGACUCCGAAGUGGUAGAUCUCUUGAUCGCACAAUGUGAUGAAGUGGAAGGGAACGAAAUUCUAUCGCCUGUGAUCGAUCGUAGCCCGUUUCUCGUAUUCCCAGUGCUGCCUCCCACCUCUUUAGCGUCAACAAUCAAUCUGGUCUUGGCGAACGGUACUACUCCAGCGAGGUACGCCGACAGCGACGAUAAGCUCCUCUUUCAUCACUAUGUCAAUUAUGUGGCGUCGGUCAUGAUGCCCUUUGAGCACCCCUGGAACCCCUGGAAGCUCUUCUAUCCAUCGGUGUCCCUGGAAUACUCGGAGCCCGGGGAACGUGCCCUGUUUCAUGCUCUCCUAGCUCAUGCCGCUUUCAAUCUGGCACAUCUCGGUGGCAACGCGGCCAAAAUGAUGCGCUUGGCAGCAAAGCAUUAUAACGCGUCCAUUCAACACGUCAAUGACGGGAUCCAAACGUCGGCGGACAAGGGCCCCGGGGCAAUCCUGGCGGCGAUCAUGACGCUGAUGAUGGCAGAGGUGUACAGCGGUCAAUCUAGAAAGUGGAAACACCACCUGCAGGGGGCGUGGGCCUUUCUUCUCAACACUAACAGCAGCGAAUUGUGGAACCAGUCCCGAUUCACAUGCUUCUCUGUCCAGAGCUUGCUGAUUGUGAAGAUUAUCGGCAGCACUACUUCAACAGACGACAACUACUCCCCUUUGACACUGACACCUGCUCUCUCGCAUACACAUGUAACGGAUGACAUAUUCCCUAGCACUGCUCUCUCAAUUUUGCCAGUUAACACCAAUACCGAAUUGAAAUUUGCUGCCUCUAUCUCAUCCACUCCACAGUUCGGGUUCACAAUCGGGGCUCAGAGAUCCCUACUCGAAUGUAUUUCAGUCAUCGCCACCGUCAGCCGGCAGAUGCAAUUGGGCCCACCGGCCAGCGACCCAUUCAACGCGGACCGCGCCGUGGCCGAAGUUCUGGCCCGUCUAGGGCAUCUCCAGGCACAGGCUCAGGACGACCUACCCUUUCAACCGGAGAUCAAGUCGGCCCCUUCCACGGACCCCGAUCGGCCCGAUCCUCAUGUCCAGGAUCUGGCCCGCUAUCAGCUCAAUGCGUUUAUCUACGCCACAUACAUCUACCUGUACCGAUCGCUGAUGGAUACCCCACCGAAGCGGGUCGCAACUUAUGUUUCGCUGACAUUCCGAAACAUUUCGUCCUUUUGCGCCCAGAGUAACGGGAAUUUCUCGCUGUGGCCCGCUUUCAUUGCUGCAGUUGAAGCUUACACGGAGGAGGACAUGGCGUUGGCGCAGGCGUGGCUGCAGCAAUCUAUUCACUUUGGGCUCGGAAACCGGCUCCUUGUUAAACAGAUCAUCGAGGAGGUUUGGCGGAGGAGAGAGCAUGCGCACUGUGAAAGGGGGAUAGACAAGGGGCUCAUCACUGUGGACUGGAGAGAUGUGGUGAGAGAACUUGGGGUGGAUAUCCUGCUGGUUUAA